UUGUCAUUGUAUUGAAGUUUAAAAGUUGUGCGUUUCAGUUUUAGGUUAUUUUUGAAUAUUUGACCUAAAAGCAGUUUUUAAGUGAAGUCCUGUAUAAUAACUGAAAUAAUAUUAGCUUUUAAAUGUUCUAGAAUCGAAACGCUCCUAAGAUUAUUUUCAUACAAUGGCUACAUUUUCAAGACUACAUAAAAUUGCUCUUAUAAGUUUAGGUGCUGUAGGUGGUGGUUUAGCAUACUACACUAUAGGUAAAUCUGAUAAGAAAUUUGAUGUACAAAAUUCUUGGACUGUAAAUUACACGCCGAGUGUUAAAUGGGAGAAGAAUUGGGACCGUCGAGAACCACAGUCAAUAGUACAACCUCCAUCACCCAGUAAGCCAGAGGAUGAGAACAGAUAUAAUGAACAAAUAGAGAAGUCAAAAAGUAAAGCAGUAAGACAUUUAUUCCUCAUCCGACAUGGACAGUAUAACCUGGAUGGGGCUACAGACAAAGAGAGAAUUUUGACUGAAUUAGGUAGAAUACAAGCAGAUAUGACUGGACAGAGGCUGGCAACAUUGCAGAUAAAGUGGGACUUACUUGUGAGAUCUACAAUGACUAGAGCACAAGAAACAGCUUCUAUAAUAGCUAAGCAUUUAAGUAAAGAUUUAGAAAUUAAAGACUGUCAGCUGAUUGAAGAAGGAGCACCCAUACCACCUGAACCACCUGUAGGGCACUGGGCACCAGAACCAAGACAGUUCUUCCAGGACGGCGCGCGGAUAGAGGCCGCCUUCCGGCGAUACUUCUACAGAGCGCCGCCAGAACAGACGCAGGAUACCUACACGUUACUCGUAUGUCACGCUAAUGUCAUACGAUUCUUCGUCUGCAAGGCCCUCCAAUUCCCUCCGGAAGGCUGGCUCCGUAUAUCAUUGAAUCAUGGCUCGAUAACGUGGAUCUCGAUACUGCCCAACGGAAAUGUAGUCUUAAGAGCUCUGAGUGACACAGGAUAUAUGGAACCAAAGCAUAUCACUAGCCGCCGACCCAAAAAAACAUCGAAACGGCGAAAAAUUGAGUAAAACAAGGUUCAACGUAUGAAACAGAAAUAAUCAUAAUUAAACUUUGAUAACAUGAUGUUUUAAACCACAAAAUGAAGACUAGAAGAAUCUCGCUGCCGCCUAAAAAAAACUCAAAACGGUUAAUACUUGUGACACAUAAUGAUUCUCUGUAGUUAAAACCAUAAAAAAUAAAAUAAAACACGGUGAAAUAAAAAAAUGUGUUGUAUUUAUAAAUAGACUGUCACUAGUACUACGGUCAAAUUUGAAAUCAAUUGCUGGUCGUUCAGUUCACCACGCUUGCCAGUGGGCCGUCUCUAGAAUUGGGGUUCAGGUAUUUUAUAACUAUCGGUACAUUAGGGCAUUAUUGUUAUUUUUUUGACUAAAAUAUUUAAUUCAAUUUAAUAUCAACAGGAAUAACGAACCUCGAAGUGACUUACCCAUUAACAUACGAUGUCCAUGAAUAUUGAAGCGUUUUUAUAUUCUUUCAAAAUAAAUGUUUUUUUAAUCAUUUAUUGUUAAAUGUAAGUGCGAAUCGUAGAGCUAUUUU